AUGCCUUCAGUGGCAUUGAAAAGGGCGUCCUUGGAGGACUUGAAAUCCCACUUUCCCCUUACAUUUCCAGUUCCGACCCCAAAAUCACACUCAGACCUCAUUACAACCAAGGAAAUACAGCGAGAAGAGGAUCUCUUGCGAAACCCAACAUCUUUCCGUGCAUGGUGGUCUGCUAUCAACUCCACGAGGGAGGAGUUUGUUGCUUUACAGAAAAUUGAACCCAGUUCUACCCUCCCGGACGAAGUUCAUGCUAUCCUUGGUCCACUCGCUUCCCCUCUUUCGCGGCUAACUCUGCAACGCUUGACCUACCUGUACGAAGCUGCCUUGGUUCACUUUCCCAACUCUUUCAAGCUAUGGAAAUCCUAUCUCAACAUGCGCUCGGGUUUUGUUCUUGGUAAACUCGUAAUCAAGAAGAGAGCGGGGGGGAAAAAGAAGUUACCUGAAAUGAAGGACGCGCUGGAGGAAGAAACAGAGGAUUUGGAGGACUGGGAGGAAUCCUUGGAUCCAGUCGUGGGCUGGGAGGAAUGGAGAAGCUUAGUCGCAACGUUUGAGCGUGCUUUAAUGUGGCUACCAAAGCUCCCUCGUCUCUGGCUCAUGUACUUUGCCAUUUUCUUUCAUCCCAAAUGCCCCCCAUUACUAUCUCACACGCAUGCGCGCCGAACAUUCGAUCGAGCGUUGCGAACUCUCCCUCCGUCCCUCCACUUCCGUAUCUGGGUUCGCUACCUACUAUGGGCAGGACGGAAAGGCGGCGAAACCACUGUCGUUGUCUAUAAACGAUAUCUCUCCGUCGAUCCUAGUAUUACGGAAGGAUUUACGGGCCUUCUGCUUUCCUCGACAAAUUCUGCCCCACGUCCACUAGAAGCUGCUAAACUUCUUUUGUCUCUGGCCAGAAAAGCUGCAAGAGGAGAGUACACGAGUCCGGAAGGCAAGAGUCCGUACCAACUUCUUGGGGACUGGAUCGACGUUGUCGAGGCGUAUUCGGAGGAGGUUGGUUUAGAUGCCGACGAAACUGACGAAUCAAACGAUGCUAUAGCGAGGGAGGAAUCUGAGGCUGCCGAAGCUGCGAUCUUUAAACCCGAAGCUGUAUCGAAGGAUGGACAACUCAUAAGGUUUGCAGGUCCCGCCGUUCCGGUGAAAGCUGAUGGAACGGCUGCUCAGCCUUACGAUCCUGAUGAAGAUCCUUCGAGCUCGAGAAGGCUCAACAUUGAAAAUAUCAUCCAGAAAGAUGGUUUGGCUGUGUACAAGGACCAAGCUGGAAGGUUAUGGACUGGUCUUGCGACGUACUGGAUCAAAAGAGCCGAGUUUGACCGUGCAAAGAAGAUCUUCGAGCAGGGUAUCAAGAGUGUCCUCACAAUACGCGAUUUCUCGCAAAUCUUUGAUUCAUAUGUUGAGUUUGGAGAAUCCCUACUCAACGCGAUGAUGCAAAGUUUGGAGGAGGAAGAUGAUGACAGCGGGGAAAUAAUGGAAGAAGUGGAUCUUCGAAUGAAAGAGCUUGAGGAGUUGACGGAUCGCAGGCCGUUCCUAUUGAACGAUGUGUUAAUACGUCGAAACCCGAAUGACGUUCUGGAAUGGGAAAAACGGGUUGCACUGUGGGGCAAACAGGAUGAGGGGGGUAAACAGGAUGAACAGGUUGCAAACACAUAUUCCAAAGCUCUGGAAACUAUCAAUCCGCGAAAAGCCACCAACAAUCUCCAUCGCCUAUACGUCAAUUUUGCGAAGUUCUACGAAGAGGGAGGAACAAAUGGUCAGGCGGACAAGGACCUGGAGAGUGCGCGCAAGAUAUUCGAUAAAGCCACCAAGGUAAACUUCAAGUUGGUUGAAGAUCUUGCGGAGGUAUGGUGCGAAUGGGCAGAAAUGGAGAUUCGUCACGAAAAUUACGAUGAGGCCAUACGAGUCAUGCAACGCGCAGCCGCGAUCCCGAAAAACACGAAAGUGAAUUACCACGAUCAUACGCUGUCAUCCCAAGCACGUCUAUUCAAAUCUCUGAAGCUUUGGUCGUUUUAUGUCGACCUUGAAGAGUCUAUUGGUACAGUCGAAUCAGCCAAGGCCGUGUACGAUAAAAUUCUGGAACUUCGCAUUGCCAAUGCCCAGAUCAUCGUCAACUAUGCUGCAUUCCUUGAAGAAAAUAAGUACUUUGAAGAGAGUUUCAAAGUAUACGAGCGUGGAGUGGAACUAUUCACCUUUCCUGUAUCCUUUGAAAUCUGGAACAUCUAUUUAUCAAAGUUUGUAAAGCGUUAUGGUGGAACGAAACUCGAACGCGCCCGGGACCUGUUUGAACAAUCACUGGAAAAAUGCCCGCCCAAGUCGUGUAAACCGCUCUUCCUUAUGUAUGCGCAACUGGAAGAGGACCACGGGCUUGCUAAACGUUCCAUGGCAAUCUACGAUCGUGCUACUCAGACAGUGGCCGAUGCAGACAAAUUUGAGAUGUUCACAAUUUACAUCGCCAAGGCGACCGCCAAUUUCGGUCUGCCCGCUACUCGACCAAUCUACGAACGAGCUCUGGAGGUUCUGCCUGAUCGACAAACGGCCGAAAUGUGUCUACGAUUCGCAGCUCUUGAGCGCAAACUUGGCGAAAUUGACAGAGCUCGGGCCAUCUAUGCCCACGCAUCGCAAUUUUGUGACCCCCGCAUUAACCCGCAAUUCUGGAGCGAGUGGAACACAUUCGAAAUUGAAACUGGUUCCGAAGACACCUUCAGGGAAAUGCUGCGAAUCAAAAGAAGUGUACAGGCACAAUUCAAUACAGAGGCUAGCUACCUGGCUGCACAGACAACGGCGGCGCGGCAAGGGACGACGAAGGUAAAUGAUGAUGAUGUUGACUCACAAGACGCGAUGGCUGCUGCUGAGAAAAAGGUGGCAGGCGGCACGAAAGGGCCUGCAUUCGUCGCUGCCACUGCUACGAAACUUGCACUCCCUGAUACCACAGCGCAAGAUGGACUCACAGCAGCACCGACAGUCAAUGCAGACGAGAUACAUAUAUCGGACGACGAAGAUUUAUAA